AUGCACGCCAAUCAAGCUUACAAAAAGGGUGUUACUGUAAAUAAUGGAUCAGACAAAUGGUGGCACCGCCGCUGGGUUAAAAUAACCGGUAUUUCCGUUAUUGUUUUAAUAAUUGUUGCUGUUAUUCUUGCUCUGGUAUUAAUCUUCGUCGUUUUUGCACCAAAGAAAUCAGAAACUCCGCAAUCAGAAUGGUCUGUUACCGGUAAUAUGAAUACUGCACGACUUUUGCAUUCAGCAUCCAUAUUACCAAAUGGAAAAGUAUUAGUUACUGGUGGUACAUCCAAUGCUUAUAAUUUUUUAAAUAGUGCUGAGCUGUAUGAUCCAUCAACAGGCAUUUGGACAACUACUGGUAGCAUGAUUAAUGCACGAUCUGAACAUACAGCCUCUGUAUUAUCAAAUGGAAAAGUAUUAGUUACUGGUGGAGCUGAUAAUAGUGGUGUUUUAAAUAGUGCUGAGUUGUAUGAUUCAUUAACAGGUAUUUGGACAACUACUGGUAGUAUGACUUCUGCACGGAGUUCUCACACAGCAUCUACAUUACCAAAUGGAAAAAUAUUAGUUACUGGUGGAGCAGGCAGCAGUGGUAUUGGUUUAAAUAGUGCUGAGAUUUAUGAUCCAUUAACAAGUACUUGGACAACUACUAGUAACAUGAAUAAUGCACGAGAAUAUCACACAGCAUCUGUAUUAUCGAAUGGAAAAGUAUUAGUUACUGGUGGAUUAUUCAUUGUUAAUUAUCUAAAUAAUACUGAAUUAUAUGAUCCAUCAACAGGCACUUGGACAGCAACUGAUAGCAUGACUAGAGUACGAGGCGGUCACACAGCAUCUGUACUAUCAAAUGGAAUAGUAUUAGUAGCUGGUGGAUAUAGCAAUAGUGGUUUUUUAAAUAGUGCUGAAUUGUAUGAUCCAUCAAAAGGUACUUGGGCAGCUACUAGUAACAUGACUAACACACGCGGUAUUCACACAGAAUCUGUGUUAUCAAAUGGAAAAGUAUUAGUCACUGGUGGACGGAGUUAUAAUGCUUUAUAUAGUACUGAGAUAUAUAAUCCAUCAACAGCUACUUGGACAACUACUAGUAACAUGAAUAAUGCACGAGAAUAUCAUGCAGCAUCUGUAUUAUCAAAUGGAAAAGUAUUAGUUACUGGUGGAGCUGGGAAGUCUGCUAAUUUAAAUAGUGCAGAAUUAUACUAA